UGAUAAAAUAGAAUUUGCCAAUGAAACAUUUUUACCUGUAGAUACUCGAUUUUAUGCAUUUUCAUUAUUACAGGAACAAAACAAAACAUUUACUUCACUUAGAUUAUUGGAUUUUGUUGCGCAAUUUAAAUUAGUUUCAUUUACACCAAAAACUGAUAUACAAAUAAAUAUUCCUGGAACUGAAACUCCAUUAUCACCAUUAUUUUCACCUUUUAAGAUUAAUCUUUAUUUAGUACAAAUUUGUGAAGAACAGUUGGCAAAGAAAAAAGAUCUUACAAUUGAAGAUGUAUUGGUUGAUCCUUCAGAUUUAAUAUAUCAUAAAUUUAAAGAUACAGUUAUACCUAUAGUAGAUUAUAGUGUUGUAAUACCAUGCGAUAAUGGAUGUACUUUUAAUAAUCAUGUAAUAACUAUGUGUCGAAGAUUUGCUAAAGAUGAGGAAAAAGUUUGUAUCCUUUCAAAAGGUACAAAUGAAAAUAUAAUUUACAACACUGCAAAUCUUCGUUUAAUAAUGAUUAUAGAUUAUAUGGAUCAUUUAUAUCAAUUAAAUGUAAGAAAUAAAGAUAUGCUAUAUAAUGAUAAACUUAAAUUAGGUGUAAAUCCUGGAGAUGGAGAAACUGGAUAUCCAGUAUUUUUUACUAAUGGAUUUAUCGAAAUAGCAUAUACUUUAGAUUAUCAAAAUUAUUCAUCGAUGCAAAUGAUGACACAACAUCUUAAAACUGAACUUACUGAUGCA